UAAGCUGCAUCCUAAACUGCAUCCUAAGCUGCAUCCUUACUUCGGAAGGAGAAUAUUAACUGGUCCAUAUUGACCCCUGCUGCCUGUAAACGUCUGCGGUGAUUUGAUGGGUUUAAAAUGUGGCAUUUAUAAAUGACAUGGUGAAAAUAAUAACUUUACCUCCGUUUUUCCUCUUAUGACAAACUAAAUGACUCAAAUUAUUGCUGUUAAUUUGUGACAGUAUAACUUUACAAACGGCCCGCCAUAAUGGAUCAGAACCUUUACCUGAAAUCUGGCACCAGAACCAGAAAAUGUCCAUCCAUGACGUCAGAUCAGGUGACCAUCUGUUUGGGUUUCAGAAACUCGUUUGAGCUCCAGGAUUCAAAGACAGAGAAACCGCCGUCGGCUCUCAUCCGAGUGGUGAAGCUGGAGGAAGUGAAGGAGAACCCGAUGAUUGGAGAGAUCCAGAAGGACGAGAGAGAGUUUCGUCCUGGAGGAGAUCCAGCGGAGCCGGUCAGUUCCUCCGAAGGCCAACAGGGGGAGCUGCAGAGCCGCCCAGACCGAAAGCCCUCAGAGGGAACCUCAGCCGGAGUCCCUCCCUGGAGGAGCCACCUGGUGGCGCCAGAGAGCAGAGACCUGAAUGGCUCCGCCCCUCAAACCUCCCACCACGUCACAGAUGGGCGAGGAAACGGCGGCGAGGCGCUGGGACCGUCAGCCAAUCGGCUGUCAACGCAGCUUCAUUACGUCACUCAGUCCGACGACAGGAACGCGGUUUACGCUCGAGUCAGCAAGAAGCUCCGCUUGGCCAACUCACCUGUUCCCACACCUGAGGGGGCGGGGCCACCGCGGGGGGAGGAGCCUGAGGAGCAGCGCUUCCCUCCGCCGCCUGACCGGGAGACAUGGGAGGUGGGAGCAGAAUAACCCCAACACCAGGGGGCGCUGUGGCAGCGAGGUGCACAGAGGGUGAUGAUGAUGAUGAUGAUGAUGAUGAUGAUGAUGAUGAUGAUGAUGAUGAUGAUGAUGACUGCCGAGGAUUUGAAACCGUCUGUUACCAUGGAAACGCUGACCUUUGGAAACCAUCCUUCAUGAAACUUCUGAGACUUCUGAUUGGUCCGUUGUGUUCCGACCCAAACCGGUUCUGAUCAGCUGAUUUCUGCUGCUCGCUUCAUGUCCAUCCAGAAGGGGGCGCUGCAGGACCAGGAACUGAAAUAAAGUUUAACGUUUCUGAACACAGUGGUUCAGAUUGACACGUGUUCAGUGUUUGGUUUUUGUCUUCAAAUUGGAUAAAUAUAGUUCUAGUUCCUUAAAACUGAAAAAAAAGUGAAGGUGAUGAAAUACGAAAUAUGAGAAAUAUGAUAAUUAUUUGAAAGUCUUCUGCCUGUCGUCAUAUUCUUUCCAUGAAAACCAAAAAUAAUAUUCUCAAACAUUAGUAACGAUUUAGAAUCAGCAUUACAAAUGUUAAAGUUAUUCAUUUCUCUCUGAAGUUCCAGAUUAGGGUAUUGAUUCAAUAUAUUUCAUCUUGAUUAUCGAUUAUUAGGGUAAAUUCUGUGUAGCAGAUUUUAGUUUCUGGUGAAAUAUUAUCAUUUUUCCUCCCAGUGAAUCAGGAACAGAAACAUGUUGAUGAAACCGGAAAUCCGGAAACAAGGAUUUAAAUUCAUCAUAAAAAGUUUCCAUAUUUCAUAGAGACUGAAUGAAACUGAGCGGAUUUCCGUGGAUGGCCCACAGGGGGCGCUGCACAGCCACACAUCAUAUUCACUCUAUUUUCACUCAAACACAUCAGAAUAAAAUAGUUUAUUUCCUAAAUGUUUGAUUUUCCUGGAAGUCUGGGUCAAAGAUUAACUGGAAAAUGUUUUUAAACUUCAUCUUUUCCGUUUUUUAUUAAUCUGAUUAGUUUUGUUACUAAUCGCUCAUCAAUAAAUAUAUUUAUCCUGACCUGCUGCUGACAUUUUAUUGCUAUUUUCUCUG